ACGGAAUACUGUGUUUCUCCGAGGCUACUGGUCCGGUUUGUUACCGACUAUAUGUUACACUUAUAACUGGCUAGGAAAACACGUUGAUGGUCUGCAGUAGAACCUGAGGUAGCGGGCCUAACCGUAGCCCCGACAUCAUGACCGAGAGUUUCAGCAACAUCGAGGAUGAGGCGUUCCCCAGUUUCCUGUCUAGCUCUGUGGGCAACAGCCGUGCCACCCUGGGGAACGUCACCCUGGGCUCCACCCUGGGGCUGCCCGUAGCUGCCUCCACCAUGGCUAAAAUUAGAGCUGGGGCUGACAACAGAGUAAAUGCUGUCCAGGCGUCAUAUCUGGAGGACGGUCGGCUCUCUCUGGCUAACUCUCAGUCCUACAACAAGGAACAGGGGAAAUUUGCCCUCAGCUUCAAAGAUGAGCUAGAUGAUGCAGAUGACUUCAUAGCAGCCCACCGGUUCUCAGACAUGCUGGUGAAGGUGAAUCUGGACGAGACCGAGCCCAGGACUAGAGCCUCCUCCCUCGGCCCCAACACACAGACUGGACCUCUCCCUGGAAGACACUCUGAACAUGGAGACGAUCUCUCUACGGGGCGGCUGACCUUCACCAACCUGGUUAAUAGGGACUUUAUGGAUCUAAAGGUCCGAUCCCUCCCAGGCACCGUAGACGACCAGAGUCUGGCCAGUGACGGAGCCGACAGCGACCGCUUCAGUGGGAGUGUCUCCAGCUUCCUGGCCAAUGAGAAGCUCAUGUCUAUGGACAGCAUGAACAGUGAUGUCACAGAUGACGAUAUCGACGUGAACGACCUGCAGGAUGAAGAUCUGGACCUGUUCUUAAACAAGCUGGUUAGCCCUGCCAUGCAGAGAGGACGGGUGGAGGGACAGGAGAUACCUCUUGCUGACCAGCCAGCCAACCAAUACUAUUCAUCUCAGCCCAGUUCCACAGAACCACAGAAGAACAGAUACCAGUUCCUGGAUGACUAUGAUCAGAUGCCUGACGUGCGGCUGGCUGCUACAGGGAUGGACUCGUGUCCUGGUAGUGAUGAGGAGGACACUGAGGAUGAACUGGAGGCAGCUAGGGGACACAGUUCUACCAGACACAGACUACUGCUGUCCAGCACCUCCCGACAGCUGGUGGGAGAGAGCAACCGUCCCAGCUUCAGACCUGGGCUGGAGGGAGGCAGCUCUGACGAAGAAGCUUACUCUGGUCGUAACUCUCCUCUAACUGGGUACGAACACAGAUACUCUGCAGAGGGCCAAGUCAUCAACACUGUAACAGGUAACAGACACUGA